AUGCUCACAACAAGCUCAAGGGCCCUCGCCCGAACGUGCACUGCUGCACGAAGACGCCCGGAUCCCCGCCAGCUCACCCGCUCGCUCGGCUGGUUCGCCCGCGUAACCGAAUCGCCCUCAUCGCUCGCAGACGAACAACCGCCUCCUCCCACCGUCGCAGAGGAGGAGCAUGACUUGGUGAUUGUCGGAGGUGGACCAGCGGGACUUACUCUCGCUGCUGCGCUUGCCUCGUCGCCUGCUGUCGCCCGAACGCACUCGAUCACGCUCAUUGAAGGAGGCUCGCUGGACGGCGUGAAGAGAUGGGCGCCGAAAGAGGGUGAGGAGUGGAGUAACAGGGUUAGCUCGAUCACGGCAGAGAACGCUGCGAAUCUCGCUCAGGUCGGCAUCUGGCAGCACCUCGACGAAUCCCGCACGCGCCCGAUCACCGGCCUACAAGUCUGGGACGGCCUCUCCUCCUCCCGCAUAACCUUCGACUCUCCCGCCCUCUCCUCCUCCUCGACCGAAACAUCGUGGGACGAAGCCUACGCUUCCGCUCUAUCCGGCCCGCGACGGAAACCCAUGAGCACGAUGGUGGAGAAUAUGAAUCUCCAGAGGGCGGCGUGGAGGAGGAUUGAGGAAUUGCAGAGGGAGGAGAAGGUCAAGAGGGUGGAGGUGCUGGAUCGGACGAGGGUUGAGGGGAUUGAGAGGGGCGAGAGAGGCGGUUGGCCGGUCGUGACUUUGAGAGCGGCGGAUGGGAAGGAGCGCAAGGUGCGCGCGAGGUUGCUUAUCGGCGCAGACGGCGCCUCUUCACCCGUCAAGUCCUACUCGAAAAUCGACUCGUUCGGAUGGCCUUACGACCGGCACGGUGUCGUCGCGACGCUCUCGAUCGACGCAGAAGCGGCCGAGCUCGGGAUGGGAACGACAAGAAACGCCAUGAGCACGAUGUGGCAGCGGUUCUUGCCGGAAGGACCGGUCGCGUUCUUGCCGCUUUCGAACAAGGCCGCCUCGAUGGUCUGGUCGACCACCCCCGCCUACGCCUCGCUCAUCAAGUCCCUCCCCCUCGAUGUCCUCCCAAACCUCAUCGCCGCCGCCUUCGCCCUCCCUCACGACCAGCUCAAAGCCUUCCUCGACUCGUUCAUCGCGCCUUCCUCGUCUGCGGCACCGCCGCCUGCGAAGCGCGAGUUCGAUGCGGCUGCCAUCAAUGCCCAGUUGGAGUCGCUCCUCGUUCGGCAUUCGCAGUCGACGUACGAUCCUUCCACGCCUUCCGACCCGCUCCCUCCACCUGUCCUUUCCGUUCAGCCUUCAAGCGUCGCCUCUUUCCCUCUCCGCCUCUCCCACACCUCUUCCUACCUCGGACUCCCCUCCCCUCUGCCAUCGACUUCCGACUCUCCCGACGGUCCAAUCGCCGUCGACUUGCGCACCGUCCUCGUCGGCGACGCAGCACACACAGUCCACCCUCUCGCCGGCCAAGGCCUCAAUCUCGGCCUUCUCGAUGCUUUCUCCCUCUCGUCCCUCCUCUCCACCCUCGCUCAACAAGGCACCGACUUGGGUUCCUACAUCGCUCUCAAACCCUACCCUCGAGACCGCUACUUCGCCAAUCACAAGAUCCUCAGCGCGUGCGACCACCUCGAGAGCUUGUUCAGGCGCACGAACGCGCCGGUCGUCUGGGCGCGCAGUACGGGGAUCGGAGCGCUCGAUGCGAUGGAGCCCCUGAAGGAGGUGUUGAUGGCCCAGGCGGGGUCGGUCAAGACGUCGGACGGACGAGGCGGGGCGAGGAGUGCGGGUGCGUGGGGAGCGGUUGCGAGCGUACUGGAUAACGUUGGGAAGGCGAGGGAGGUUGUUGGACUUGUUGGAGGAGCGGUCGUUGGACAGGUCGGGCGCAGGGCAGCAGAAUUUAUCGUCAAGGGGCGGUAG